AUGACCCACAAGGAAAAAAUAUCCUGCAAGCUGAAAGAAAAGGACGAACAAACACAAUCCUGGAAGCUACGGCUCUGUGUUUCCAAGACCCUUUUUCUCUCCUACGGCAGGCACCCCUUGUUUCCGCUGCUGGCCCUGGUCUUUGAGAAAUGUGAACUGGCAACCUGCUCUCCCAGGGAUACCUCUGGCUCCUAUCCAGGAGGAGACGUCUGUUCCUCGGAUUCCUUCAACGAAGACAUUGCCGUCUUUGCCAAACAGGUUAGGACAGAAAAGCCCUUAUUUUCUUCCAAUCCUGAGCUGGAUAAUUUGAUGAUCCAGGCCAUCCAAGUGCUGAGAUUCCACCUUCUGGAGUUAGAAAAGGUACAUGACCUCUGUGACAACUUCUGCCACCGCUACAUCACCUGCCUCAAGGGGAAGAUGCCCAUCGACCUGGUCAUCGAUGACCGAGACGGUGGCUCCAAGUCCGAUCUGGAAGAUUUCGGUGGGUCUUGUGCCAGCCUCUCUGACCAGAACAACUCAUGGAUCCGGGACCACGAUGAGACAGGAUCCACGCAUUCGGGAACACCGGGCCCCUCCAGUGGCGGAAUUGCAUCGCAAAGUGGAGAUAACUCCAGUGAGCAAGGGGACUGUCUAGACAACAGCGUGGCUUCUCCCAGCACAGGAGAUGACGACGACUUGGACCGAGACAAAAAAAGGAACAAGAAGCGAGGGAUCUUCCCCAAAGUGGCCACAAAUAUUAUGCGCGCCUGGCUAUUUCAACACCUGUCGCAUCCCUAUCCCUCGGAAGAACAAAAGAAACAAUUAGCUCAGGAUACGGGACUGACGAUCUUGCAAGUGAAUAACUGGUUUAUUAAUGCCCGACGGCGCAUAGUUCAGCCUAUGAUCGACCAAUCAAAUCGUACAGGUCAGGGUGCACCGUACAGCCCUGAUGGGCAACCAAUGGGGGGCUAUGUCAUGGAUGGGCAGCAGCACAUGGCGAUCCGUCCUCCAGGACCAAUGGGAAUGGCAAUGGGCAUGGAGGGGCAAUGGCACUACAUGUAAAGCUCACUGCUGGCACCGGAGGGGAAGUUUCCGGAUUCAGUGAGGGGUGCUGGCCAACCCACCCCACCAGGUUGAGGGGCACGCAACCCGUGGCCCUCGGGGUCCGGCUUGCCCUUCCGCCUGGCUCUUCCCGCGCUCUGCAAGACCGUGCCAUAGACUGCCCUCCUUCCCGCGUCCACUCUGCAGCCACGAAGCACGGCCACCGUCCGCACUGCCACACUUGACCCCCAACCCACCACCCAGACGGAUCAAAUAUGGACAGAGCGCAUCCUGUUUUAUCGCCCCCAUCCCUUCUUCACCCCUUUUUUUGCCAAACGAAGAGUCCAUCUGACAUAUCUGAGACCUCAAGACUUCCGAACUUCCAGUGGCAUUCCGCCCAACAAGCUUUUGGGACCAGAUUUCAAUAAGUGAGCUGGACUCAGACGGAAAGGGAUGCCUCCCUCCCCAAGCACUGAAAGAGACAGAUAGCCCGAAGAAAAGAAAUGUGGGGAAGGGGAAGGCAGAGGGGUUAAUGCUGGACUUGGUUGGGGGUCUGUAUUUCGUUUCCCUUCACCCACGGACCAUGAGCACGUUUGUACACUCUCUGCGACCACAAAGGAGGACGGACUCCGCUCCAGGCCUCUUUUUCCCCCCUCUACGGACUUCUUUUCCAAAUGAGAUGAUGUUCAAAGCAGGGUUUGGGCUUUUUUUCCUCCCCGUUUUGGUUCGUUUUCCCCUUUCCUCCUCCUCCUUUCUUCCUUCCGGAGGUUUUAAUUAUUAAUUAAUUAUUGGUGUCGACGCUCAGAAAGGGGAAGUAAAUUAAAUGGUACGUUUUAUUUUCCUUUCGGGUUUCUUUUUUGGUUUGUUUUUAUUUUUAUGUGUUUUGUUUUAUUGGGCCUUCUUUUUUUUUACAAAAAAAGGAAAAGAAAAUGAGAAUAAUUCGAGAAAAAAAGAAAACCAAAAUGAACUGA